AUGCGUCGUUUCAAAAAGGUCCUCCAACGCGCCAGAUUGAAAGGCUCGCCAUCACAGGGUCCGCCUCCGCCUCAACCUGCCGCUGCCCAUGCCGCGAUCUCCGAGCAACGCGGCCCUCCGCCAUUGCAAUCGCAAUCUCCAGCAGUCGAACCGGCAACGGCGACAGCAGCAGCAACUGCUGCUACAGGCUCAAUGUUGAACAUCGCCCUCCAGAACCAGACGACAUCGCAGACCGUAUACGCAUACAUCACCGGCAGGGCGCUCGACCAGGGCAAUGCGUGGUUCCUCCUCUCCGCGGACGGCCGCACGCCAUACUAUCCCAGCUCCCCUGGCUCGGUGGGCUCCCCGAUCCCGCAAAACUGCGCCAUCCCCCUGGGACGGCCGGGCAACACGGUCACCGUGACGAUCCCGCACAUCGCCGGCGGACGGAUCUGGUUCUCGAUCGACUCCCCACUGACCUUUCUGCUGAACCCGGGCCCUGCGCUGGUCGAACCGUCCGUGACCAACGCGUCGGACCCCAACAUCCACACGAACUGGGGCUUCGCUGAGUUCACGUUCAACGCGGACCAACUGUACGCGAACAUCAGCUACGUCGACUUCGUGGGCCCGCCCAUCGCGCUGACGCUCACGAGCGCCACUCUCCCGCCGCAGCACGUGGCCGGCAUGCCGAGCAAGGGGCUGGACCAGGUGUGCGCGGCCUUGCGCGCCCAGCACGCCACCGACAACCAAGGCUGGGACCAAUUGAUCGUGACAGGUGCCCAGGGACAAAACCUCCGCGCCCUCUCGCCCAACCAGGCCAUGGUGACCAACCCGGCCCUUUUUGCCAAUUACUACGACGACUACGUGACCCGGGCGUGGCGCAAGUUCGCCACGCAGCCAAUGUCCAUCGACACGCAGGCCGCGUUCGGCACUGUGACGGCCCAAGUCGACCAAGGAAGCGGGACGCUCAACUUUGCGCCCCCUAGUGGCUCCGCAUCCACAUCGACCCUCUCGUUCACGCGGCCCUCCACCCGCGACAUUUUCUCUUGCUCGACAGGCCCCUUCGCCACGGGCCCCAACCCCGCGAUCAACGCCAUCAUCCCGCGUCUCGCCGCGGCAUUCAACCGCUCCACGCUACUUCAGACGAACGUCUUCCCCGCGCCCUCGGCGCUGUAUUACAAGGACAGUACGACAAACCACUACUCCCGCAUCGUGCAUGGGGUGAAUCUGGACGGCAAGGGGUACGCGUUUCCGUAUGACGACGUGCAGCCUAGUGGCGGGGCCGAUCAGAGCGGCGAGGUGCACGCUGGGGAUCCCGUGUUAUUUACUGUCGCUGUUGGGGGUGGGAAUGCCGGGACAGCACCAAGAAGGGAGCUUUAA